CCCGAUCGUCACGACUCUCAACCACCCACAAAAGCGGAUUUCAUUCCCAAUUGUAUCGAUGACGAUGGAGCUGCCGACGAUCACAGCGCUCAAGGUGUACGACGUGCUGCUGAUUGCCCUCGUCAUGUUCGCUAUGGAUCUGGCCAUGAAGCUGUGGAAUGGACGCGGCACACAGCUGUCGCCGGCUGAGCAGAAGCUGAUGGGCGAGUAUAACGCACAGGUGCGGCUUGUAAACCGCCUCAACUCGGUCGAGACGUUCGUAGAGCAAGCCAAGGCUACGCGCAAGAUGAACGCACUCAAGAAGGAAAUGCAGGAGCUUGCUGUGGAGCGACUGGCAACAAGCGCGCCAUCAGAGCUCCAGAAGCAGUUCGACCGCAUUCGAACGCCGGCGUUGAUGGGACUGUUGAUGCUAUACUACUGGAACGAGCCCCUGGUGGUACUACCUCAAGGCUACAUGCUUCCAGUGGAGCGACUCAUGUCGUUCCCAGGAUUCCCGCUCGGUGCUAUAUCUGCAAUGGGCUGGGCCGGAAUUUGCCGUCGCGUAAGUGCCAAGAUCCUGAGCUAGACACCUAAUCCGAACAUCCAGUAAUGACGGCAACGACAAGCGAAGACCGACACCGUAGACAGACGAGAUAGCCAGCAUAUUGUAGUCCGUAGCAACCUGUUCCAACGAAAUACACUGCAAACUGAACAGGAACAAUCCCC